AUGGCUAACAAUCGAGCUAGAUUAGUCCGACGGCAAAUCACAGGCCUCGACGCCGAUAAUUUCUCCGAACCCGACCAGUUCCACGGUGCCAUCAGCCGACGGAGGAGGCGGAGCUUCGCGUGUGUUUCGCUGUCGGAGCAUAGAGACGAGAAGGACUUUCCGACGAUGGCGCAGCUCAUCAAUCAUCCUCUGGCCACGGUCGCGUUGGUUCCUAAGGACGCCGCUCUCUUUGCUGCUGGCGCAAUCGCCGGAGCCGCCGCGAAGACCGUUAUCGCACCUCUGGACCGCGUCAAGAUCCUUAUGCAGACUCGUGGACUAAGAAUUGGUCAAAAUGCAGCCAAGGGAUUGGGAUUUAGUGAGGCCUUGACGUUGAUUGGGAAGGAAGAAGGAAUUAAAGGGUACUGGAAAGGGAAUCUGCCCCAGGUCAUACGAGUCAUACCUUAUAGUGCAGUACAACUGUUUGCUUAUGAGACCUACAAGAAACUUUUUCAAGGAAAGGAUGGGGAACUCUCUGUAAUUGCAAGAUUAGCAGCAGGUGCAUGUGCUGGCAUGACUUCAACUCUUGUGACAUACCCACUAGAUGUCCUCCGCUUAAGGUUGGCUGUUGAACCGGGAUAUAGAACAAUGACACAGGUUGCUGUAAGCAUGUUGAAAGAGGAAGGCGUUGGGUCCUUUUACAAUGGUCUAGGUCCUUCUCUUAUUGGAAUUGCGCCUUAUAUUGCGGUCAACUUUUGCAUCUUUGACUUAGUGAAAAAAUCUCUGCCAGAAAAGUAUCAAAAUAGGACACAAGCAACCUUGGGAACAGCACUUGUAUCGGCUACUGUGGCCACACUAAUUUGUUACCCACUUGAUACUGUCAGGCGGCAAAUGCAAAUGAAGGGUACUCCGUAUGUGACAGUUUUGGAUGCCUUUUCAGGCAUAGUGGCUUGUGAUGGUUUGCCGGGACUGUACCGGGGUUUUGUGCCGAAUGCAUUGAAGAGUUUACCAAACAGCAGGUUCAUGACUUUCCUUAGCCUUCUCCAUCUACAUGGUGACGAGGAUGGUGACGUGGUACCGGACGACGAUGAGUUGCCUGUGAUCGGAUUUUGGGGUGCGUUUAUAUGGUUGGUUUUGAUGACCGGUGUUGUUGCUUUGCUGUCGGAAUAUGUGGUUGCUACAAUUGAAGCUGCAUCAGAUAGUUGGGGCUUAUCUGUGAGCUUCAUCAGUGUGAUUUUACUGCCAAUUGUUGGGAAUGCAGCUGAACAUGCUGGAGCUAUCAUUUUUGCAUUCAAGAAUAAAUUGGAUAUAUCUUUGGGUGUUGCUCUAGGCUCAGCUACACAGAUUGCCAUGUUUGUGGUAAGAUAA